AUGGCUUCGAGCGGUCUGAAAACGGAAUAUGAUGUCAUAUUCGUAGGAGGCGGCACCGCGGCCUGCGUUACCGCUGGUCGCCUGGCACGGGCCGAUCCGAGCCUGUCCAUUCUGUUGGUUGAGCAGGGGCGCAAUAACCUCGACGAUCCCACAGUAACCACCCCAGCCAUGUUCCUGAGCCACAUGUUCUUGGGGAGCGAAACGCUCAUGUUUCGCUCCGCUGAGAACGAGGCGAGCCUUGCCAAUCGUUCAUUAUCGGUGCCUUCCGGAGGCAUACUCGGCGGUGGCUCCUCGAUCAACUUUCUCAUGUAUACACGAGCAUCUGCUGUCGACUUCGACUCUUGGAAAACGGACGGCUGGGAUGGAAAAAGUAUGCUGGCUCUGGCGAACAAGGCCGAAACCCACCUGCUGGACAACCCCGACAUCGACAAGAGUGCUCACGGCCAUGCCGGGCCUGUCCAGGUCAGCUACGGAACACACCACCGGAAUCUCAACCAUGACGACAUUUUCGACGCCGCCGAGUCUCUUGGGAUCCCGCGCGUGGCUGACCUGCAAGACUUUGAAGCCGGCCACGGCUUUGAGCGCUGGGCCAAGUACAUCAGCCCCGACGGCAAGCGGCAGGACACGGCGCACUGCUAUAUCCACCCACUGAUCAAGUCCGGCAACUACCCCAACCUCCAUAUCCUGCCCGGUUCGAUCGUCACGCGCGUCCAAUUCGACGGCACGCGCGCCGUCGGCGUCGCCUACGAGCCGACGUCCAACCCCAAGAAGACAGCACCGACCUUCAUCGCCGCCAAGAAGCAGGUAGUCCUGAGCGCCGGCGCCCUCAACACGCCGCUCGUCCUCGAGCGGUCCGGCGUGGGGCAGUCGGCGCUGCUGCGCACCCUCGGCAUCGCCGUCGUCGCGGACCUGCCCGGCGUCGGCGAGCACUACCAGGACCACAACCUCAUCACGUACAGCUACAAGGCCUCCCUGACGCCCGCCACGUCCUUUGACGGGCUCCUCAGCGGCCGCGAGGACGUCGAGCAGGCCCUGGCCGCGGGCUCCUCCAAGAUGGGCUGGAACGGGCUCGACGUCGGCGGCAAGCUGCGCCCGUCCGCGGCCGAGGUCGCGCAGCUCGGCCCCGCCUUCCAGGCCUGCUGGGAGCGCGACUUUGCGGCCCAGCCAUCGCGCCCGCUCGCGCUCCUCGCCUACUUCAACGGCUACUUUGGCGACCACGCGGCGCUCAACGAGCCCGCCGCCAACCCGACGCACUACAUGACCGCCGGCGCCUACACGGCGUACCCGUACGCGCGCGGCCGCAUCCACAGCACCUCCCCCGAGCCGCGCGCCAAGCCCGCCUUCACCACCGGCUUCCUGCAGCACCCCGCCGACCUGGCCGCGCAGCUGUGGGCGUACAAGAAGCAGCGCGAGAUCAUGCGCCGCAGCGACGUGUACGCCGGCGAGCAGCGCGCGAGCCACCCGGCGUUUCCCGCAGGAAGCAAGGCGGCCUGCCGCGACGGGCCGGCGGUCGAGGGCGGGUUUCGGAGCGCAGCGGACCGCGCGCGCCUGCCGCUGCUCGAGUACAGCGCGGCCGACGACGCCGCGAUUGAGGACUGGAUCAGGGCGCAUCUCGAGACGGCGUGGCACGCGGUCGGCACGUGCAGGAUGGCGCCGCGCGAGCAGGGCGGCGUGGUCGACAAGCAUCUGAAUGUGUACGGGACGCAGGGGCUCAAGGUCGCGGAUCUGAGCAUCGUGCCGGAGAAUGUGGGCGCAAACACGUAUAAUACGGCGCUCAUUGUCGGCGAGAGGGCUGCGGAGAUUAUUGGGGAAGAGCUGGGUCUCUCUGUUUAG